UGAGCGCUCGGGAGGCAGCAGCAGCAGCGCAGCCCCGCACCUGGAGGAGACAUGGCCCCCGCAGGCAGAGAGCUGGCCCUGCUCCUGGGAGCCCUGGCCCUGCUCUGCACCGCCCGGAGCACGCCCGCCAGAGCCCGACCCCGUUCAGAUAUGUUCUGUAUAUUUCAUGGCAAGAAGUACGGCCCAGGAGAAAGCUGGCAUCCUUAUCUCGAGCCUCAAGGAAUUGUGUAUUGCAUACGUUGCACGUGCUCUGAGGGCGGCAACGUCAGCUGCUACAGAAUAAAGUGUCCUGUCCUGCACUGUGUGCACACUGUCACGGACCCUCAGCAGUGCUGCCCCAGAUGUGUAGAGACGCACUCCCCCUCCGGUCUGCGGGCCGCCCCUAAGGUAUGUCAGCACAAUGGGACGACCUACCAACAGGGCGAGAUGUUCACCACCCAGGAGCUCUUCCCUUCCAGACAGUCCAACCACUGUGUGCAGUGCAGCUGUUCGGACGGGCAGAUUUACUGCGGUCUGGUGACGGUGACCUGUCCUGAGCUCGUCUGCUCCUCUCCGCUGACCGUACCGGACUCCUGCUGUCCAGUGUGCAGAGAUGGGACGUCCGACCGCUCGGGGGAGGAGGAGCCGCAGCAGUUAUACAGAGGUGUUAGACAUUCCCAGGACCAGUGUCUGAGCGAGCUCCUCAGCAAAAAGACCUUGGGGGCCACAGAAUCCACCAUCAUCAGCUCGUCCCUGGGAUUUAACCCUCGCAGCUUCAAGCAGAAAGGCGGGGGAGGGGGAACGACCGUGAAGAUACUGAUGAAGGAGAAGCAUAAGAAAGCCUGCGUCUAUAACGGGAAGACGUAUUCCCACGGUGAGGUCUGGCACCCCGUCUUCCGGAAUUUUGGCGAGAUCUCUUGUAUCCUGUGCACCUGUAAAGAUGGGAGCCAGGAAUGUCAGCGCAUCACCUGUCCUGAGGAAUAUCCCUGCGAUUAUCCGGAGAAGGUGGAAGGAAAGUGCUGCAAGGUCUGCCAGGAUGACAAAGUGAAGCCAACAGCCGAGGUCAUCUCCACCAGAUGUGUGAAGAACCCCAACAAGAUCCUGGUCUACAUGUACAUGUCGCCCAACUCUGGAAGCCAAAAGGAGAACUUCCGAAAAAUCGCCAUCGAGAAAGAGGCGUCGGAGGACGUGGAGAUCUACGUCUGGAAAAUGGUGAAAGGGAUUUUCCACUUAAUCCAGAUUAAAAAGGUGGCGAAACAAGACUUUAAACAAGAAUCCGAACAUUUCCGGCUGGUGACCAGGACGAGUGAAGGUCAGUGGAACAUCUUCAGGCCUCAGCCUCCUGACCUGAAUAUGACAGAGGUCACUGAGUUACAGAGUGGGGCGUUGUAGUGAGAACCCGACCCUCCAUCAAAGCCGAGCAGCCUGAAUAUAAAGAGAUGGAAAAACAAAAACUUUAAUGCCAAAAACAUUACCCAACCUGAUCGUCAAGGUGGUCAGACCUGGGAGAAGAAGGCCUCAGCCCUGAAGAAUCUUGUAUCAGUCCUGACAUCCCACUCAUUGUGAUGAAAGACUAUAUGGUCAAGUCGGCUUCUCUGGGAGGAAGAGGAAAGUCUUACCGGAAACUGUUGCCUCCUCCAACCAUUGCCCCAUCUCCAGGUCUGCCCCCUUCUGGUGGGUCAUGGAGAGGGACCUUUUGCUUCUAUUGAUUUUCCUGCUGAGCUGGAACUGGGAAUGUUUUAGGCUUUGCCACAUUUUGUGUUCUUCUUCUUAACUUGUAUGUUGCACAGAAAGUUAUGGGAUUGCAGACCCGAAAAUUAUUGGAUAUCCAGACCCUGGGAAAUGCAAGCAACUGAAAACCAAAAAGAUGUGAUGACUUCCAUUGCUGCUUGUUCGGCAGCUUAGAGUCCUUGUAAUAUUUUCAAACUCAAAUCACUUCCAGGAGGAACAUGCAUCUUUAAUACUUCAGUACAACUGCACAGAGUAUUCUGUUGGUUUCUUCUUAGCUCUGAGUUCACAUCACCCUGCAGCUCCUGUUGGUUCAGUAUUAGUUUUAAUCCACAUAUUUCAUUACUGUGCUUUAUUUAUCUUGUGUUGAUCUUGAGUUAAUCGGUGAAGGUUCUCAUUCACCCAGGUAGAUCGGCAGUAAUAAGUCAGAGCAACUGGACUUCUUCGGUAGUGGAUUUCUCAAUCAGAAUGACUUGUACGAGGAGUCUCUCAUUAAAUACUGGUGGCUCAUGCUUCAGCUUGAAUAGAGGAGGAGAGGUGUGACCUCUAUUGUCUGCCACCUACAGUGCUGUUCUAACAUUGACCUCAUGUUGUUUAUGACAUACAGAUUAUACUGACUGGAGCAUGAGUCACCAAUAUUAAAUGCUGGAGAUUAUUUGUACAAAUCAUUCUAGACUAGCGAAAUAUCUUCAAGAAAGUUUAGUGGCUCUCACUUAUUACUGCUGAUCUUGAGUUAUUUUGUGUAAUCUGCAAAGAAGUAUCUGUUGUUUUCUUCUUAGCUCAUAUCUCCCUGUAGCCCCUGAUGGUUCAGUGUCUGUGGACAGCAUGGCGAGCUCGUUGGCCUUGAUGGGAGUUUUAUCUUUAUCUACAUCAGACUACUUUUCAGGGCCUAACACGAGCAGCACAUUGACCACAAUGCGACAGGACAGAGGAUGCACUGUGCAGAUACUGAACAAGCAGGGGCAGCAUUGAUAAGUGAGAUCUGUACAAGAUGAGCAAAGCACAUGCGUUGCAAAGUUAUUGGCUUUUUUUGGACUAGAAUUAGGUAUGGACCUUUUCUAGAGGUUAUCUUGGAGACAUCUGCAGCCACUUCUCGAUUCGUGCUCCGCCUUGCACAGGAGACCCGCAAUAGGUUUGGCUCCUUCAUCUAUCAGACACUUAUGGCCUGUCCUUUGGAUAUUACAUUGAUUUCUAAGAUGGGAAGACCCCCUUUAACACCCUUACUAUCAGAUAUCCUGUCCCGUCGAGCCACUUAAUGAUUUCAUUGAUGGUCGAUAUUUUUCCAUAAAAUGUAUACUUUUUCAAAAGAUAGUCGAUAUUAAAAAAAAAAAAAAAAAUUCCAAACAUUUUUGGGAUUGCUUGAACUGAAGAGAAGCUUUUCCUGCCCAUAAAUCCCUUUUAUAUGAUACAUAGAAGCAGCAACAUUGUAGCCGCUUAGCAAUGGUGCAGUCGGUUGUUGAAUCUGGCUAAUGUAUCAGGCGCCAUUCAUUUAUUCCAGAGACGGCCCGAAAUGUGAGCUCCACUGAGUAUCCGCGGAAGGGUCUGAGACGUUCCUGUCUAUUUUGUCACCACACGUCCUUCCCGGAUACCUGUCUCUAGGAGAGCGUUUCUGGAGCUCAGAUGUACAUGUAUCUUCUACAUUAUCUACUGUAUUAUAUUCAUGGAGGGAGGUGAACGUCCUAAUGAAGAAGGGUGGAGGUUCUUGCAGGCAAGUUUAGGAGAGGUCUAUGGUGGAGCCCCGUCGGCGUUGCUGGAUUGUCAGCCUCUCGUCCCCUCGCUGACCUUGACAGAGCACAUCUAUUUAUUUUGAUAUAUA